AUGCCACUGUGUGAGAAAGGGAAUGAUCCAAUCGAUAGCUCUACUAUUGAUAGCCUCUGCGCUGCAUUUGACAAGACUUUGAAAUCCACCCCUGAUGUCCAAAAAUACAAUGAUGCUAUAAAUACAAUUUUCCAGCUAAGGCAAAAAUCUGAAUCUGGGAAAAUGCCGGCUGAUUUAACGAAUAGUGAAGCCCUUAAAGAUCGUCAGAAAAUCGAAGAAAUAUUGACCAGGUCUUACCAAGACCAUUCUGAGUCCCGCGUACAUUUAUCUAAACUUAUACAGAAUGAUAUUCCCUUCGCACUCAAUUUAUUUGAAAUAUUAUCAAGAUCAUCCAUCCACGUUUUCGUUGGUUGCUUUUCCAAUAAAGACGCAACAAUUGCAUUGUUAAAUGAGCUGCAAAUUAGGAUACACUAUGGCGAGGACACCCACGUCACGUAUUUACUGAGCAUAAUUCUACAACUAUUGAAUAAGUUCAAGUACAAUUUCAAGGAGGUGCGAUUUUUAGUGAAGGAACUUAUUUUGCGCAUAAGCGAAGAUGAAGUAAAAUCGAUGAUGCUUAUAAUUUUUGCUGAAUUACAAUCAAGCUUCCAAAAAGACUUUGAUAAAGCAGUGGUCGAUUUCAUGAGUAGCUUAAUUGUGGAGGCAGAAAUAGACGUUGGAAAUGAUCCAUUGUCCAUCAUAGUCAAAACCCUAUCAGAAUUAUAUCCUUCAUUGACAACACUUUGUUCUGAAAUAUUUUUGACCAAAGGACUAAGUAAGCUUUUUAAGAAGAGAGUAUUCGAAGAGCAGGAUUUACAGUUUACAAAAGAACUGCUGCGGUUAUUAUCUUCCGCGUGUAUUGAUGAGACCAUGAGAACGUAUAUUACAGAAAAUUACCUUCAACUAUUGGAAAGAUCACUAAACGUGGAAGAUGUACAAAUAUAUUCUGCAUUGGUGUUAGUUAAGACAUGGUCUUUCACAAAAUUAACGUGUAUAAACUUGAAGCAACUGUCCGAAAUCUUUAUAAACGCUAUUUCAAGACGUAUCAUGCCAAAAAUUGAAAAUGUCAAUGAAAGUGCGGUUAAGCUCGAGGAGGUUCCUAAAGUUGAAAUGUCCGUUGAAGCGCUGGCAUAUUUAAGUCUAAAGGCCUCGGUUAAGAUUAUGAUUAGGAGUAACGAGAGCUUUACUGAAAUUCUAUUAACUAUGAUUAAAAGCCAGAAAAUGACGCACUGUUUAUAUGGUCUCUUAGUUAUCAUGGCAAAUUUGUCCACUUUACCAGAGGAAUCCAAUGGUAGUUCACAGUCUAUCAAUGACUUAAAAAAUUACGCAGAUUUGAAGGGCCCAGGCGCAGACAAGGUAGGCGCAGAGAAAGAAUCAAAGGAAGAUAUUCUUUUGUUUAACGAAAAGUACAUAUUAAGGACCGAGCUGAUUUCCUUUUUGAAGAGGGAAAUGCACAAUUUGAGCCCCAAUUGUAAACAACAAGUGGUUAGGGUUAUAUAUAACAUAACCCGCUCGAAAAACUUCAUUCCUCAAUGCAUUUCACAAGGUGGUACAACUAUCAUCUUAGAAUAUUUGGCCAAUAAGCAGGACAUAGGGGAGCCAAUACGGAUUCUAGGGUGUCGGGCAUUAACAAGAAUGCUAAUAUUCACUAAUCCGGGUUUGAUAUUUAAAAAAUACUCUGCAUUAAACGCUAUCCCCUUCUUGUUCGAAUUGUUGCCAAGGUCUACGCCAGUGGAUGACAAUCCGUUACAUAACGACGAACAAAUAAAGCUGACAGACAAUUACGAGGCACUAUUAGCUCUGACGAACUUGGCAUCAUCGGAGACCUCUGAUGGUGAAGAAGUUUGCAAGCAUAUCGUAUCUACAAAAGUAUAUUGGUCCACGAUUGAGAAUCUGAUGCUAGACGAAAACGUUCCUUUGCAAAGAUCAACAUUAGAGCUCAUAAGUAAUAUGAUGAGUCAUCCAUUAACGAUUGCUGCUAAGUUCUUUAACUUGGAAAAUCCUCAGAGUUUGAGAAAUUUUAAUAUAUUGGUGAAACUUCUUCAGUUAUCCGACGUUGAGUCUCAACGAGCAGUGGCUGCUAUCUUUGCUAACAUUGCCACCACGAUUCCAUUGAUAGCUAAGGAACUGUUAACCAAGAAAGAACUAAUCGAAAAUGCUAUUCAGGUAUUUGCGGAUCAAAUUGAUGACAUUGAGUUAAGACAAAGGUUACUUAUGCUUUUUUUUGGAUUAUUCGAAGUGAUACCGGAUAAUGGCACUAACGAGGUGUAUCCGUUGCUGCAAGAAAAUCAAAAAUUAAAGGAUGCUUUAAAUAUGUCUUUAAAGAGAGGCGAUUCAGGACCAGAGUUUUCAGCGGCAAUUCCCGUUAUCCUUGCUAAAAUUAAAGUCUAA